AUGAGAUAUCUAAGUGAUAACAACUUGACGAAGUUAGAGGAUUCUCCAUUUCAAAAUUUGUCUAAUCUCUUUGAGUUAAAUCUCGCACAUAACAAUAUUUCCUACGUCUCAACAGUUGCUUUUGCAGGAUUAGUGAAACUUCGAUCCUUGUCAUUGCAAAACAACAAACUGGAAGUUAUACCUAUUGCUGCUCUAGAGCCGUUAACCUCUUUGGAAGCAUUGCAUCUUGAUGUCAACCAAUUGCGAGUUGUAUCCCCGGAGAGUCUUCAGUCAUUACGGAGAUUGCAGAAACUCUGGCUGAACGGAAAUCAGCUGAACCAAAUCCCAAGCCAAGCUCUAUCUCGAUUGCCUGAAUUGGAAGCCCUGGACUUGGGCGAGAACAAAAUUCAAAGUGUUCCGGAUUUUUCUUUCCAAAAUUUAACAAAACUAGUUAUUCUGAUGUUAUAUCGGAAUGAAAUCAGUUAUAUCGAUCCUCUGGCUUUCAACGGCCUUGAAGCAUUGAAAGUCUUGGAAAUACACGGCAACAAACUGACUGUCUUUCCUAUUGCUGUUUCUAGCCUGCCUACACUUAGAGAACUAAUUUUCUCCGACAACGCCAUAUCUGAGCUGUCCGAUUCCGCCUUCCGCAGCAAUCCAAAGUUGACUCUCCUCGAAAUGGGAGGAAAUCCCAUCACCAAAGUCGGAGACAAAACUUUCGCCCAUCUUCCUGCUCUCAAAAAAUUGCGUGUAUCGGAAGCAAGGUUAAUGGAAGUUUUCCCAGAUCUGACCGGAACGACUGCUUUGGAGCUGUUAACAUUGGAUAGGGCUUCACUGCAAAGUGUCCCGUUAGAUCUUUGCGAAAAAGUGCCAUUGUUGCGCAGAAUAGUUUUGAGAUCCAAUAAGAUAGACAGGCUACCAGAUCUUCAAGGUUGCAAAGAGCUUCGCCAAAUUGAUUUAAGCUAUAAUGAAAUUUCUUCUUUGGAUGGCUCUCCUUUCCUUCAACAAGCAAAACUCAUCGAUUUAUAUCUAAGCUACAACUUUAUCCAAGAGAUUCCCGAAGACGCCUUCUGUGGAUUAAGCAAUCUGCAAGUAUUGGACUUAAUGCACAAUGAAAUUGAAUAUAUCCACGAAAAUUCCUUCUUGAAUCUAACCAACCUCAGAGAUCUAAACUUAGGCGAAAACAAAUUCCCCUAUCUGCCAUCAGAAGGCCUGCAGAAUUUGCGUCAGCUGAAAACAUUCAACAACAGAAACUUGCGAGAAUUCCCAUCUCCAGAGAAUUUCCCUCAGGUCCAUACCUUAGCAUUGUCUUACGCUUAUCACUGUUGCGUCUUCCGUCCCUUAGCAAGACGAUUGCCUCUGCCCGCUACCUUGAAAGAGACUGUGGUCUGGCUGACGAGGGAAGAUGUCGACAUGAACGUCUGGAGCACAAAUAUCACAGACGUAUGGCCAGGAUACGAAAAUUUCUCGUCGAAAUUUGAAGAGUUCGCAAGUCAACUGUGGAAAUCAUUUGGAAGAGAUUACACAAUUCCUGAAAAUUUGGCUCAGUUUGCGGAAGAAUACUUCAGAGAUUAUAAAGUGAGUCAAGGACCCGAUAGUUCUGGACAUGACAAGCAACCAGUUCAGUGCCUGCCAGAACCAGGACCUUUCAUGCCCUGCGAAGACCUCUUUGGGUGGUGGAGUCUUCGGUGUGGAGUAUGGGUGGUGUUUCUCCUUGCUAUGCUUGGUAACGGAGUGGUUGUGGUGGUGCUUUUAUUUGGACGCAGCAAAGUCGAUGUACCCAGAUUCCUAGUUUGCAAUCUAGCCAUGGCCGAUUUCUUUAUGGGGAUCUACCUUGGGAUUUUGGCUGUCGUGGAUGCUUCUACUCUUGGAGAAUUCAGGGUUUACGCUAUUCAGUGGCAAAUGUCAGCUGGCUGCCAAAUUGCAGGAUUUCUUGGAGUAUUGAGCAGCGAGUUAAGUGUUUAUACUCUUGCUGUCAUUACCUUGGAGCGAAAUUAUGCAAUCACCCACGCCAUGCAUCUAAACAAAAGACUGUCUUUGAAACAUGCGAGUUACAUUAUGGGCGCAGGCUGGACCUUCGCCUUGCUGAUGGCCUUGUUACCUCUCCUCGGCAUCAGUGAUUACCGCAAGUUUGCUGUGUGUCUGCCAUUCGAAACGGAAGACCCGUGGUCGAUGUCGUACGUCGUGUUCCUCAUUCUGGUCAAUGGUGUGGCUUUUCUCACCUUAAUGGGUUGUUACCUCAAGAUGUACUGGGUAAUACGUGGUUCACAGGCAUGGAACUCGAAUGAUUCAAGAAUUGCUAAGCGGAUGGCUCUUCUGGUCAUUACAGAUUUCAUAUGCUGGGCACCAAUUGCCUUCUUUUCCCUAACUGCCGUCUUUGGUGUAGAUUUAAUAUCUUUGGAAGAGGCUAAAGUCUUCACUAUAUUUGUCUUGCCGCUGAACAGUUGCGCAAAUCCUUUCCUCUACGCAAUUUUCACCAAACAGUUCAAAAAAGACUGUGUCCUCAUUUGUAAACGAAUAGAAGAGUCUAGAGUAACGCGUGGUAUAGGACGUUGCAGACACAGCUCUAAUUUCUCAAACCGGCAUACUCCUGCCAAUACCAACUCAGCUGGCGAGAGAAAAAGUGGUGGCUUGACUGUCCCUGAGGGCCAGCCAGUGUGCCAAUGUGGUGCUCACCUGAGGGCCGUAGAUCUGAAGUACACCACUGGAACUUCAGUACAGAUGUCUGAAGCUCGGUGGAAGAGUCUUGCACGUAGGUACUUGAGGUUCCAGUUCGGUCGUCGCCAGCCUAUGCUGCCAAACGAGUACGCUGCUGCUUCAGGGCCCCAGCGCAGGAUGCCUCCCUCCCAAAAGCGAGCCUCCAGCAUUUCUAGCGAUAACUAUUCUUCUCGAUCUGAUAGCUGGAGGCAAGGAAAUCUACCUCUGAGACUUUUAGAACGUGGAACUAGAAGAAACUCUUGGACUGGAAGUACGCAGAAGUCCUCGCAAGAUUCCAGUAACAGUUGCAGUCGACAAGAUUCAUCUACUUCAACUUUCAGGCUCUCUAGAUCUAGCGUCAGUAGCGAUGCUUCCAGUUCACGUCCAGGAUGUUCCAGCAUCAAAGAGCGUGCUGCUCUGAACGCAUCAAACUUCAGAAAACCUGUUGCUGGAAUUAAUGGCGAGGUUGUUCCUCAUUUCGUUCGAGGAGCAACAUUCUCCAAUUUAAAGGAUAAGCCGAGGCUGUGCCGGCAAGGUGCUGUAAGCGAUGACGGAUCAAAACAUCCUGUUUACAGAGGUGGACCCACUGAGACUGCUAUCAUGAGGAAAGGGGUUGUGCCAUUGAAUGUGCCUCCUCCUAUGAAGAAGGGUGUAUGUGCCACCUGUGGCAGGAGAGAGACUCUGCCUUCCUUAAGGUUCAAAAGUAAGGAACUUGAAGACAAGUUCAACUGUUUCUACAAUCGUCUCGUCGAAACGAGUCACGAAGAAAGCAGUGAGGCAAACACUUCUAAGGACGACCAUAUGCUAUCCUCCUCUACCGAUGACCGGCACAAGACAGAUUCUGGUAAAGAAACCGCCGACACAUCUUUAUCUGAGCAGCCCAGUGAAGACUUGGAUAGCUCAGUUGGACCACCUCCUCCACCACUAAAACCACCUGCAACUCUGAGGGUUGAAAACACCAGGCCUGGAACUACUCCUCAGACGUCAUCAGCAGCACAACGCAGUAAACCACACAAGCCGCGAGGCUCGCCAAAAGUUCAUGUCAGCUCCGACAACAUCACAAAAAGCAAAUCCCGUAGCAUGUCCAAUCUGGGAUUGGAUCUAAGACUGUUUUCUAGACAACGAAAAGCUGCUUCGGACAAUUCACUGAAGCAAAUUUCUUUGAAGAAUUUACCCCAUUUUCUACGUUCCCUCUCUAGUCAGAGUACUGAAACACAAGGCAAAACGCCAAUCCUCUUCAAAAGUCGCAGUGGGCAGCAACUCUCGGCAACGUAUUACCCGGCAGACAGCGGGCCAAUACCUUAUUGUCGAAGCGAUUCCACGAUUGUUGGUCCAGACGUGCUUCCUUGGGGAAGGUUAGAUGACGGUUUGCCUGGUGACCGAAGUAGACAACGGUUAACUCCAGAACGCGAACCAACACCGUAUUGCCAAAGUGAUUCCACCAUCGUUGCACAAGAUAUCCUCUCUUGGAGAAGGACGGAUGAUAAUUCACAUAGUGACCAAAGUAGGCAAGAACGAACUCCAGAACGUAAACGAAUGUCGUUCUACCAAAGUGACACUGCAAUCACGUCUGACGCGUUCCAGUGGGGAUCCUUGAACAGAAUUAAUGAUCCAGACAGGGACGAGUUCUUGUCUUCUGGUGCUGAUGACGCGGACAUAGACGAUGAAGAAGAAUUAAAAAUUGUUGAAAAGUCCAAAGUUCUGGUCAGGCGAAAGGGGGAAUCGAGGGUAAAAGAGGAACAACCUGUAGGAUCACAACAGCCAUUGUGUGUAACAAAUAGUACUGCUAGUGAAGAUACACCUCUUAUUGACAGGGAGGUGAAACCUGCUUCCUGAUUUGAGUAGAAAGAUAAUGUAUUGGUGCUUAUAAAUAUAUUUUCUUCUUGUCAAUUGAAACUUAAGAUGUACGAACAGUUCCGUUUUGAUUUCUUGAUGUAUUAGUCAAAAUGUGAUCAAAGUGCUGGUAAGCAGACACAACUUACAACUGUAAUUUGGAAAAAAUACUGAAAUUUACAUUUUAAGGUGCUUUAUUUUUAUUGUAAAAAGUUUCGAUGAUUUUCAUAUGUGAAAUAAUCCUUUCCUCACACAGUUUGUUGCGAUAACAGUUGAGUAAACAUAUACAUCAGACCUUGGGGUCAGAUCCGGUAGUUUUGAUGUUUUAGUGAGUUGUUUAUGAUAUUGGUUCAAUAAAUAACCCAAGUUUUGACCUUAAUCGCCGAACUCAAUCUUUUCAUAAAUCGAAAAGAAAGUGAAAUUUAGACUAAACUGUAGUUUUUACCGAUUUAACCCUAAAC